UAUCAAAUGACACCAAAAAUCAUUAAUAGAUUAAUGAUGAUGGUGAUGGUGAUUGAAAAUGAUUUCUUGCAGAAUACAAAAAUGAAGAGUUAAUUGAUCGUUUUAAUUCAAAUUAUUGUUUAAAUAACAAUGCCAUUACCAUUUAUUUUAUUAUCCUAACAAAUUGGAUUGCAUCUCAAUUAUAGAGUAAGACCUCCAUGAUUCAUUGAGCGGUCCUGACAACCAGCUCUAGCAAAUAUACGAGUUUGACUAAAACAACCUAAACUUUAACUUCCUAGAAGUCACUCCGAUGUGUUGUAUUUGAAUUUGGACAAGUGUGUGAUGGGCGAGCUGAAGAUCUAUUUUGUUCCACCCCAAUUGAAGCAGAAACUAAGGCCCUUCUUGAAGGAGUGAAAUUAGCUCAAGAAUAUGGAUCCGAAUGUACGGUUCAAUCUGACUGUCAGGUGUUGGUUAAAGCUUUGGAUAACGAUCGCUCUCGAUGGCCAUAGAGGUGUGCAGCAUGGAUCGGAUCGAUUGUUUCUAUCCUUAGGACAAACCCUCUCAUUAAAAAUCAAAGAAGUGCCCAGAACACUUAAUGUCAAAGCAGGCUGGGUUGCAUGAUCAAAAGCUAGAGCAUCGCUUCCUGAUGAUUGGAUUAAUAUUCUUGACCUCAUUUCUGAUCUUCUUUAAGAUUUUGUAAUCGAGUUUCUCGUCUUUCAUUGAAUUGGUGGAAUAAAAGUUGGUAAUCUUGGUAAAAAAAAAAACAUAUCAUGCCAAUAAAUUAAUUGGGUGAAUAAUUUGCAUCUUAAACUGAAGUUCGAAAAGGACGAAAAUAAACAACUCGACAGCCUGGAGAGUGGAGACAUGACAAGAGUCGCUACCUCGAUACCUAAAGCCAUGUAUACGUACAUAUAUGUGGCUGUUGUAAUCUUGGUGAUCAGUCUAUUUUUCAUCUUUUCAUUCACUAAUAAUGAUAAUUGAAUUGUGAUGUUGAGAUUGCUACAUAACCUCCAGACCCGAUAGCACAUAGAACCAGAAAUGGUUCUGCUUUUUGUGUGGUGUCCAUUGAUGAAAAUGAAUCAUCAUAUUAACCUUAUGUAUAUCUAUUUGUGUUGUUGCAGAACACAGUAGGGACGCAGCUACAGGUGAGACAGACCAUGCAUCAAAUAAAUCCAAGGCAUAAUUAAAAAGAAAAAGCAAUUAAAUUGUCUCCAGUAAAGGAAUAUGUAGUAAUUAUCGUAAUAACUGUUUUUAUAAUAAUUAUACUUUUUAUCGUUUGGCUUGGUUUUAGUCGUUUAUUGGUCUAGUUUUUUGGCCUAUUUUAUGCAAACUUAGCUUGUACUUCGUUUGCCAUAUUUCAGGUUCUUGAACCCAAUGCUAUUAGGAUGAGUAUGAUGAUCCUUUCUAUCGUUCAUCCUAGUGGUAUUGUAAAGGAUCUGCUAGUCCAAGUUGGUACAUUCAUUUAUCAUGUUGAUUUUGUGAUACUUGAUAUAAAUAAAGAUGUGGAUGUGGUAUUUAUUCUAGGUUAGACCCUUUAUGACCACCAACAAUGUACUAAUUGAUCUACAUAAUGGGAAACUCAUACAGCGGGUUGAGGAUGAAUAACUGAAGUAUUUUUCACUAAUUGAUGUACUAAUUGAUUUUGUGAUGCUUGACAUAAAUGAACGAUGCUACCAGGAAAUACCAUUUUUCACUACCCUUCAUUGAUCAUAUGCUCGAGAAGCUCCCUGGUCAUGAUUUCUACUGCUUUCUUGAUGGGAUUUCUAGCUACUUUCAUAUCCCUAUUGCUUCGGAGGACCAGGCGAAGACCACCUUCACAUGCCCCUUUAGCACUUUCUCUUAUAAGUGCAUUCCUUUUGAGCCUGUGCAAUGCUCCUACCACUUUUCAUAGAUACAUGGUGACCAUCUUUGAUAAACUGGCGGAUGACAUUAUGGAAGCAUUCAUGAAUGACUUCUCUGUGUUUGGGGAUUCUUUUCUGAAUAUCUCUAGAACUUAGAGAAUGUAUAGCAGAGAUCCGAAGAGAUACAUCUCGCACUUAGUUAGGAGAAGUGCGACUUCAUGGUUCAGGAAGGUAUAGUGUUGGGGCACAAAUUUCAAAGAAGGGGGUGGGGUUGUGGUAGAUUGUGCUAAGAUCGAUACUAUAAGCAAGAUCCAUCCAACUUCUUCUGUCAAAGGCAUUCACAACUUCCUUAGGCACAAAGGCUUUUACUGGCAAUUCAUCAAAGAUUUAUCCAAGAUUGCUCUUCCUCUUAUGAAGCUGCUAGAGAAGGUUCCCUAUUUCACUUCACUGCAUUGUGCACAUCAACUUUUGAGAUCUUAAAAGAGAUGCUCACACAUGUAUCAAUCAUGGUGACUCCCGACUAGAACCUACUAUAUAUUUGAGUUUAUGUAUGAUGCCACUGACCAUGCAGUUGGUGCAGUUCUUGGGAAGACGCGGGGCAAGCAUUUCCAUUCAAUAUAUCAUGCAUCCAAUACCAUUAACGAUGAUGCCCAGGAAAAUUAUAUCAUAAUAGAUAAGGAGUUGUUGGUUGUUGUGUAUGCUUUUGAUAAGUUCUAGACAUACUUGAUCCUGUUUCAUGUCAUCGUCUAUGAUGAUCACUAGGCGAUUUGAUUCCUGAUGAUCAAGGUCGACGCCAAGUAUGUGCUCAUACGAUGGAUCCUUAUUCUCCAUGUGUUCGACAUUGAGAUUAUUAAUAAGAAGGGAUCGGAAAACUUGGUUGCUGAUCAUCUAUCCAUGUUGGAAGGACCUUCUUUGGACAACUUUGAUGAGGAGAUUAAUGAUUAUUUCCCAUAUGAGAGAAUCCUCAUGAUGUGCUUGUUCGAGAGUGUCAUCCCAUGGUAUUUUGAUUUCGCAAAUUAUCUAGUUGGCAAGCAACUGCCCAAGGGGGCGACUACUCAAGAGAAGCGAAAGUUCUUCUCUGAUCUGCGCCAUUACAUAUGGGACAACCCUUACCUAUUAUGAAUCAGAGCUGAUGGCGUGAUUCGCCUCUGCGUCAUGAACGCUUUAAUGUAAGACAUACUCUCCCAUUGUCACGAGGGUCCCAUUAGAGGACAUAAUGGAGAAAACCUCAUGGCACAGAAGGUGACAUUCGGACUUCUAUUGACACUUACUCUUCAAGGAUCGUCCUUUGGACAGUCACUUAUUCUGGGCUGCUCCAAGUGAAUUUCUGACUCAUGGUUGAUGAUGCCUAGUCCUCAUACAUGAUUAUCUUCUAUAAUACCUUUCUCUACAAAUAUUUUAAAAAAUAUAAAAAAAAAGAUAUUAAAUGUGUAAAAACUCCUAGAGGCUAUCAAUUGCUUGUUUGCUCAUACAGAAAAUAAUCAAGUAAACAAUGGCUAAAGGUGUUUCAAAAUGGUGUAAAAUUUGCAAUAAGAUUGAUUGUAAAAAUAGCAUAUUUUAGGUUUCAUCAUGUUACCCCACAAUUUAGACUUUGUUGGUUUUCAUAUAAACCAUACUCAAAAAAUUAUGCAACUCACUAAAUACUCAUUAUGAUACCUGGGUUUCGAUUUUAAGUAGUCGGUACUAAGUAUUAACAACUUAUGAGGUCAACCAAAAACAAGAAAAUGUUGACCACAUCAACAAGGACAUCGCCCUCGUAUCAAUACAAUGCAUACUAGUAAAUCUAGGAAAAAAUGAUUGUGAAUGAAGAUACUUUAAAGCGAGAAACAAAAUGGAUCAUUCUUUUGAACAUUUUUAUUUCGUAACAUCUCAAUUUCAUGUUUCUUCCAUUUUCUUACAUUUUCCAAAUGAUUUUCCUUUUUUUUUUGUUUCUCUAUUGUGCUUUAUUUUGGCAAAGCUCAAAUGGAUUUACAAUAUCUUACAAUCUUGUGACUUAAGUAGGAGUAAUUGUCACUCUUAUAUUAAGCCCCUGCACAGGUUCGAUGUAUAGAGAGGUGUUCGGAGCUCUAGGUUUUUACAUGAAACUUCGAUUUUAUUGAAAACCAAACUAUAAGGGAGUUCUGACAUGAGACGACGACCACCCCUUUUUUGCAUACAUUUUAGCUAAUUUUUCUUGGUUUUGUUGGUCAAGCUACUGAGUCGGUGACUGAUAACCGAUGCGAUUAAACCGAAACCGCACUGAUUAUCAUUCACUGAAGACGUGGCUACACCGACUACCCCUACUUGGUGAUGGGGCUGCCAGAUUAUCAUCCCUAGAGACAAUUUCCACUGUAUGUAUAGCAUCUAGAGAUGGCAAUCAAACCCAUGGCCACGGGUAUCCGACCGCCCCAACCCAGUCAACGUGGGUAAUCCCCGCUUUGAUCGGGUAUGGGGCGGGUAUGGGUAAAACCCACAAAAAGUUUGAUGGGUACGGGGCGGGUAUGGUUUUAGCCUCCCCCGCCCCAUACCCAUCCCCAUAUCCGCCCCACCAAGAUAAUUUCUUCACAUAUAAAAAAAAUAUGUGCGUCAAAUUAUAAUCUAUCAAUGAUGAUGCGGAUAACUUGAGAAAAUAAAUAGUAGAAAUUCAAUUGAGUGGACACCUUAAUCAAAACCUAAUUCAUUUCUCUCAAUUCUCAUUUCACUCUUUCACUUUCCCCCUUGUCAACAAGAUUAUGUUAGUUAAUUUUUAUUUAGUAGAUGUAUCAGAGUUAGAGCAUAAUAAUUUGCAAUAUAUUAUACUCUAUAUUAUGUAUUAAUGGAUAUUUUCGGAUCAUAUUCUUUGAACCACAUGAAAGAAAUGAUCGUGUUUUGUUGACUUCAUGAUAUAAUAUGUUUGUUUAGAGUUAUAAUUAAAAAUUUUCUUGUAAGUUUUAGGUAUAAUAAUGUUGGAUGUACGGG